ACAGAGAAAGAGCUGAACCAGCUCGAAACGUCAGUUUUGUGCAGAUUUAGACAUUAAUAUUAUCGAAUAAGGACUCAAACAUGAAGUUGUAUUGUUUAUCUGGACAUCCCACUCUGCCCUGCAAUGUGCUGAAGUUUAAAUGUACCACCAUCAUGCUGGACUGUGGACUGGACACCACAUCAGCUCUGUAUUUCCUCCCCCUGCCUUUAGUACACAGCCCAAGACUCUCCAAACUGCCAGGAUGGGUCUCCAAGGACGGCGCAGUGAACCUUGAGAAAGAACUAAAGGAGUGUGCGGGUCGUGUGUUUGUGGACUCGCAGCCGGAGUUUUGUCUUCCUGAGAGAGAACUGGUGGACUUGUCGAAUGUGGACGUGAUCCUGAUCUCUAACUACCACUGCAUGAUGGCCCUGCCCUACAUCACCGAACACACCGGCUUCUCGGGUACCGUCUACGCUACCGAACCCACCUUUCAGAUCGGCAGACUGUUGAUGGAGGAGCUGGUUAAUUUCAUGGAGAGAGUUCCGAAGGCUCAGAGCGCCACCUGCUGGAAGAACAAGGACAUCCUCAGGUUGCUUCCCGGUCCACUGAAGGACGCGGUGGGCGUGUGGUCGUGGAAGAAGUGCUACAGCCUGCAGGAGGUGAAUUCUGCUCUCAGUAAGGUGCAGCUGGUGGGCUACUCGCAGAAAGUGGAGCUGUUUGGUGCAGUGCAGGUCACCCCUCUGAGCUCCGGUUAUUCCCUGGGAAGUUCCAACUGGAUCAUCCAGUCUCACUAUGAGAAGGUGUCGUAUGUGUCCGGCUCGUCCCUGCUCACCACGCACCCUCAGCCCAUGGAUCAGAGCUCUCUGAAGAACAGCGAUGUUUUAAUCCUCACCGGCCUCACCCAGAUCCCCACCGCCAACCCGGACGGCAUGCUGGGAGAAUUCUGCAGCAACUUGGCCAUGACGGUCCGUGCCGGAGGGAACGUCCUGGUGCCCUGUUACUCCUCUGGAGUGAUUUACGACCUGCUGGAGUGUCUCUACCAGUUCAUGGAUUCGGCUAACCUGGGAACCACGCCCUUCUACUUCAUCUCGCCCGUGGCUAACAGCUCUCUGGAGUUCUCGCAGAUCUUCUCAGAGUGGUUGUGUCAGACGAAGCAGUCGAAGGCGUACCUCCCUGAACCUCCGUUCCCUCACGCCGAGCUGAUCCAGACCAACAAGCUGAAGCACUACCCGAGCAUCCACGGAGAGUUCAGCAGCGAGUUCCGGCAGCCCUGCGUGGUGUUCACCGGCCACCCUUCACUGCGCUUCGGGGACGUGGUCCACUUCAUGGAGCUGUGGGGCAAAUCCAGCCUCAACACCAUCAUAUUCACUGAGCCAGAUUUCCCCUACCUGGACGCUCUGGCUCCGUAUCAGCCGCUGGCCAUGAAGUGCGUGUACUGCCCCAUCGACACUCGCCUCAACUUCCACCAGGUGUCCAAACUGCUGAAGGAGGUGCAGCCGCUGCACGUGGUGUGUCCGGAGCAGUACACUCAGCCCCCGCCGUCUCAGUCUCACCGCUCCGACCUGAUGCUGGAGCUGCAGACGCCUCCCGUACCCUACGGCCGCUGCUCCGUCCUCAACCUGCCCUUCCGGCGCUCGUAUGAACGCGUCCAGCUUCUCCCCGAGCUCGCCAAGUCUCUCGUCCCCGCAGAGGUUAAACCUGGCGUCUUCCUGUCCAACGUGUCGGCCGUUCUGCAGUCCAAGGACAACAAGCACGUCCUUCAGCCAGUACCGAAACCUGUCCCAGUGGCUCCCACUAAGAAGAGAAAACGGUUGAUCGAGGACGUUCCCGAGGUCCCGAGUCCCAAACCGUUGCUGAGUGGAGCUAUACCUCUGGAGGCCUUCCUCGCUGCACUGCACAAGAGCGGGAUCUCGGAGGUGAAGGUGGAGGAGACGUCGGGGGGUCACAUCCUGCACCUACAGGCGGAGGACGCCCUCAUCCAGCUGGAGGACGACGCCACGCAUAUCGUGUGCGAUAACAACGAACCUCUGCGUACGGCGCUCAGAGACCUGGUCCUGCGCUUCCUGAAGAAACUGUGACCUCCAGUCGACUGCAUAUUCCAAACUCGGUGGAUCUGUAGACCAGUAGACUGAAUUAGGAAAAGCAAGUACGAACGUUCCUCGAUUUUCUUCAGUCUGAUCAUUUCCACUGAAGCGGAUGAUCAGACGACUCUGAGCUGGAGCAGCCGCUGUUCGUCCGCAAUAAUUACGAACACACCGAACACUCAGCUGUGUUACCAGAGUAAUCCGAGCCUCAGGUUCUCUUCAGUGUACAGUAACGCUUCGUUUUUUUUGUUGGACUUUUUUCUGUAAUAAAUGAUAUUUUUACGUG